CAUGAACGCAAUAUUUUCCACUAGGCGUGACUUCCGUAUCAGACAUAUUAAAACAAGAACCAAGACAUUGAAAGAAGCAAGACAUUGGAAAGGUCUUGCAGAACGAGGAACCAAGAAUGCCUUCGAUCCAGCUUUGCUGCCAUUUUCAAAGCUGAUUUUACUCUUCCCUGCUUGCAAAGGAAACCUUCUCAACAUUACCCGCUUAGGCAGUCUCCAUCUGAUCCAAGAUGCUGGCAGAAAGCUUCCUUACCAGCAUUGCCUACAAAGCUGAAUUGCAAGCAUCUCAUAAGUGCCAGGGCUUAGAAGCCAUAGAAGCAGAAUCCUGGAGGAAUCCGUUGGAAGAGGCGGAAGGCAAGGGAGAUUUCCGUACAGAAUCUGAGAAGAAAGCCUUUACAAAGAUGCCGGUACCCAGUCCUGACCGUCAGGUAUCUGUGCAAAAGCCAUUGCCGACCAAAAGAUUCAACCACAUCCCUCCAUCAGCUCCUCGGCAUAUCCCGAUGAAAGAGCAACUCUGUGAAAAAGGGCUGGAUCUCUAUCGAUCCUGGUCUGGCCAAAGCCUUUAUCAGAACUAUCCGGAUCUCCACAUUGGCGGCGAUCACAUUGCUUACCAUACCUGCGAUUCGGGUUGCGUCAUGGACCAGGGGUGUAAUGAACCAUCCACUGGCCCUGUUCUGUGGUCCAGAGACAUCCUGUCCCAAUAUUCCUCUGUCAACGAACCUCUGCAGAGGUUGAAGGCCAUCAAGUUGAGCCAUGGUGACGAAUGUGGAGAAAGAACCGUCACCCUCCAUAAAGAGCCCUUGUCUAACUCCAUGAUCAACAACUACAUGGAGAGCAAAGUCCAAGAACUUUAUAAGCUGGUUUUGGAAGAGAAGCUGACCCAGUGCGGCCACCACUCCCUGGUCUCCAAUUGGCUGGUGAAUAAUAUCGGCGAGCUGUCUCUGGAUCCGCACGGCGGAGCCUCCAAAGCUCUCCUGCAAUCUCUCGCUGCCUUUGGCCUGCAGAACACGAGCGGUGGGCAAAGCAGUGAAUUCGCCACUCCGAAUUUACAAAUCUCGCCUCCACUUUGCAAAAGGAAAUUAUCUGCGGUGCAUUCUGCAUUGUGAUGGAAAAGGAAAAGAGGGGGUGGUGGAAGACUUUGGAGUCCGUUCCUCUGUAAAGCGUCACAGACUCUUGUUGCAAAGCCAGUGUGAAGCUAAGGUCCCUGGUCCUUUUGAUAUCUGGUUCUGAGUCUUCAACAAUCAUCUUGGAACUGCAGAAGCUGGACAGGACCUUAUGGAUCAUCAAGUCCAGCUCCUGUCAGGGAAGCACAGGGG